CUCAACUUGCUUCCAACAUCGCGGAAUCCUGACUACAAGAGCCCUCAACAGGUAGUAGAAGAGGCCCUGAAUAUGCCUCAGGACCUUCGAAAACCGAACAUCAAGUACCUUCGGUCAUACUACUGCAUCGCAUACUACUACGUUAAACCGGCUUACCGUCAGGCAGCGGAUAAAUUUGCCCCGCGAGCGAGAAAAGAAAGACUCAUAGGCUACGGUGACCUGAGUGGAAGAAUCUACCAAAUCUACGACUCCGAGCUCAAAAAGAUCAUUCGAGCCGGCUCAGUCGGGUUCAACGAAGACCCCACACCU